AUGGACACCACCUGUCUUCCGAUAUCUUCUUCGGAUUCAUUCAAUGAAGAUGGGAUUGAUGGCGCAAUUGAGGGUUUGGGAAAGUUGGAUAUUGGGGCCGGUGGUUCUACCUGUGAUUUUGACCCUGAGAUAGAAGACGAUCCAGAAGACGAUCUAGAAGACGAGGCAGAAGACGAUUCGGACAAUGACACUAGUCCGCCAUUCACUACCUUCGAAGCAAGUCAUCCAUGGCUUUUCAAACUAUUAAGACGAUCAUGUCCAAUCUUUACAGGCCCUGAAGCCGCUAUGGAUAGGCUAAACACAGUGAAGCCUGCGAGAUUCUACCGCGUCUGUGAUGAACAGACCUUCACCAAGUUCAACAGUGAAAAAGGCUUCGUCAACGAAGCCUUCGCCGGAUUGCCAUCAUGGUACUUUAUCGAUGCGGGCGCAGUCGUCAAACACAUCAAUUGGGAGACGGACCCCAACCCCUUCAUUACUCGCUUCAUCUCCAUGUGUUCUACCGAAGAUAAAACGAGAUAG